AUGACGACUUUACCGAUGAUUGCGCAACAUCCGGCCUGUUACUACAAUCGCUCCUGCAAGCCGAUGUUCAUAGCGCUUCAGGUUAUUUUUUCUUUCCGUUGUGCCAUUUCAAGACGUAAGUGGUUUCGUUGCGAGUUCUUGCUCAGCGAGUUCCUCAACGCCAUUUGAUAAGCUUAGUUUUGCAGAGUACUCGAGUGGAAAGGGUUAUUAAGGUCAUUCAAAAUUGUGAGCGAGGGCGUUGAAGGAGAAGAAAAUAGGGAGUUUGAGAACAACAAGCACUGUGAUGUCCGUUGAGAGGAGAGUUGAGAAAUUAGAAAAUUUUCAAACUUCGUUCACCACCAGCUCGAGAUAUAAUAAUUUCUACUGAAAAUUUUAAAAUUGAGUGGAAAUAUAAUCUGUGUGAUAAGACUUGAAAUUUCACCCAACGACAUUACGCUGUUUCGCUGCGUCGCGAAGCGUCUUUGCGAGCCUCGGUCUCGCUUUGAAUCGGUUCUCAUAUCUGAUAGAUGGGCUGUUCUACUAUGAACGCGUGUUGGUCAAGUUCUGGAAUAAAAUAAAAAAUUGAAGGCGCGGCCGAGCACGUAGCAAAAAAGCGGAAUGUCGUUCGGCGAAAUUCCAAGUCGUGGUACACAGAAUAUGUUAUAAGAUGGUUUUUUCGUAGUAAAAUUGGGCCUUCUGACGUUUGAAAAGAGAUUUCUUAAGAAAAGAUUCUCGUAAAAUCUUCAAAUUUCAUUUCAUUUUUAAUCGGAAACGUCUUAUUUGAAGAAAAAAUUGCAAUAAAAAGUGCCUUUUUCACCUCUUUAACAACCUGAAGAUUUCUUCCUAGUUAGAGAAUUUUGUUCGAAGGAGUGAGGUUUGGAUAAGUUUUAUUUUGAUCAGUAAAUAUCAGAUCCAAAAGAAAUUUCAAUUUUCAGGUUCCCGUCGAUUGGGCAGUUCCAAUGUACGGCUACGUCAUGCCUUUCAUCGUGACCUUAACUUUGGCCACAAAUUCCUUCAUCGUCGUGGUUUUAUCACACAAGUACCUGAGAACACCGACAAACUAUGUUCUCUUGGCCAUGGCCGUUUCUGAACUUCUGACCGGGUUAUCCUGUAUGCCUUGGUUUACCUAUUAUUACACUUUGUCAGGUGGGAAAACUUUCCUUUUUCAUUCAAUAAAAGCUGGACUUUAGGCUACAAAGUCGAUUUACAAUACGGGUUGCCACCUUUUUGGUGUACAGUUAUACCAUAUAUGGCAACCUUUUUCCCGUCCAUCUUUCAUAUGACGGCGAUUUGGCUCACAGUUUAUCUGGCUAUUCAAAGAUACGUGUACAUUUGUGUUCCGACGCUGGUUCGUCGGUUCUGCACAAUUCAUAGGAGCAAGCAGGUGAAUAUAUUUGUGCAAUUUUUGAGGAAAGGAAGGAAUAAUCUGCUUUUUGAAGAAAAAAAAAACAUUCAAGGAUUACCAGAAUAACAGACCUUUGCUUGACUUGUGUCCUUGUUUUUAGGUCAGAUAAUCUCAGAUUUUUUAACCUUUGAAAGCACCUGACUUCAAACAUAUUGAAAGGUGUAGGUAAUAAUAUUUUGUGUCCUGAGUCGGUUGUGCACAAUUCAAGCAGGUGGAUAUAUUCCUGCUUUUUUCGAGAGAGAGAAAAGGAAGGAUUACUCUGCUUUUUGGGAGAAAAAUGUUCACAGAUUACCUGGAUAACAAACAUUUCUCAGGAGAAAAAAUACAUUUUCUCCACUUUUUUCCGUGUUUUAUUUUAGUUGAGAUAAUCUCCGAGUUUUUUGACAUUCAAAAAACACAUGACCUUUCUAUUCAAAAAUGUAGGUAAACAUAAUCUCCAUCAAGGAAGUGGCAGGAAGGAUUAUGGGAAAAAUCGGAAGAUGAGAGAAUUUCAGGUGAUUUCGGCGAUCUGUCUGAUAUCAGCGAGCAUGUAUCUUCCGGAUUUGUUUGCGGCGAAACAUGAAUCUCACGCCGUCUUCGACAUGAGCAGAAACAGUUGCGUUUGUUCGAAGUCCUGGAAAAGAAAAAUAUUGAAAGUUUUUCAAACAUGGUUUUGAAAAAAUAACUAGUUGGAGACUGGUUUGAAUCAUGUUUAAAAAAAGCCCAGAGCAAAAUUAUUUCAAUGAAAAUUUCGAGCUUGUCUUCUAGUUACGGAUCUCAAGAAAUAUGUCAAAAUGGAACCUUCGAAAAUAAAAUCCUUUAAAUAUUUCCAGGAACCCUUCGAGUCUGCUAUCGAAUGAAGACACCGCUGGUUCAAGCCCUAGGCGACGAUAUUUAUUACCAUCUGACAUUUUCCGCCCAAACUAUCCUGGUUCACUUCAUUCCAUGCGUCCUUCUCGUGAUCUUCACCUGGAAACUUGUCCGAGCCAUCAGACUUGCCGACAAACGUCAUGCUCAUCUUUUAUCAAAGUAUCCUUCUAACAGACUGGAAAACUUCCGGUUUCAUUUCCCAUUUUGAAAAGAAAAAAUAACAGAAAAGUUUUAAGAUCGACGAAACGGAAAAUGUCUGAAAUGCCGUCGAUGGAAAACGAGAAUCGUCUUUCGAGGUUAUUCAAGCAGAGGGAAAGUGUCAGUGAGCCGAGGAGAGCUCAUGGAUUGAAGCAGGUGCCGAAAAUCUAGAAAUCAAUUUAUUUUUCGGAUUUUUUGCAGAAUACUAGGAUGCUCGUAGUUGUUAUUCUACUGUUUCUGAUCACUGAAAUCCCUGCGGCUAUUAUUUUUGGGGUUCAUGUUAUUUCGGUAUCUUUGAGACUGAAGACUAUCAACUAUCAGCUGCUCAACGUUCUUCUCAUUAUAAGGUAUCCAUUUCAAGUUUCUUUGGAGGUAGUUGAAUGAGGUUGUAGUUGACCAAAAAGAUACUUUUUGAAGCCUUUUAAAAAAAUAUUGAAAUUGAAGUGAAAAGAAGUGAGCCCGAGUUAUGUUUUCUGGAGAACUUUUCGUUUGAUAAAGAUCAAAAGUUCUAGAAACGUCCUCAUCGUCGUAUCAUAUCCGUUCCGAUUCGCCAUCUACUGCGGGAUGUCUCAACAGUUCCGAGACGUUGUCCGACAAGUAAAUAUUCUGAUUUUGAAUUAAAAUUAAAAUUUAUUCAUUCAGAUGUUCACUGGCAAAAUGCCAACUCAUGCAAUUCGUGACAAGGACAAUUCAACGACGAUCGCACUUGUCCAGGGAGGAACCGAUAACAGCGACGAGAAAAGGUUUGUAGGCUUUAAGAAAAAAAGACCUAUUGGAUAAGAUUUCCAGAAGAACUUCCUCCAUAGUCAGAUUCAUUUAACUACAAUUUUCAACAAUUUUUCUACUUUUCUUCAAAUUGAAACGAGUAAUCUACAAUUUUCAACAUAUCAGCCUCAGUUAUAAUCAUGUGAGAUUAACAUUUCGAGAUUAAUCAAAACCCUAAUUUUAAGAAUUUCUCAUUAUUCUUGAUUUUUUUGAACUUCGAACAGUUCAAAAAAAAAAUGCAAAAAAGUGAGGGCUGAGCCGGGGAUUGAUCCCGGGACCUCUCGCACCCUAAGCGAGAAUCAUACCACUAGACCACUCAGCCGCUGACCGACGCGCGUCACUUUUUCCGCACAGAUUGCGUCCGAGGCGCUGUAGUAUAGAAGGAUAAGGCCUUCCGAGACCUUCUGGUCACUGAAAUUUAAUUUUUUGAAACAAGAAAUUUACUUAUAGAGCCUUUUUUAAGGUUGUUUUGAGGUUUUUGACACAAAUGAAACUGUAAAAAGUACUAGCAAUUCUGGAAUAAAACUAAAGGAUGGCGUGUUCAUCACAGGACCAAAAAUGAUCAAAACGCAAUUUACUCUAGCCCGACGUUGCACAGAAAUAGUAAAAUUCGUUUUAGGAGCAGUUUUAAUGAGUUCAAGAAAAAAGUUUAUUUCUUUCUAAGAUCUAAAUAUGUCGUUUUCUGUGUCCCGGAGACCUGAACUACGAUAAAAAAAAGAUCUUUUUUUUUGAAAAGAAAAUAUCGCAUAGGCAAUCAAUUGAUCAACUGAAAAUUCUUCUUAGCUCCAGUAAAAACCAACAUGGAAAAUUCUCCCAAUCCUCUCUCUGAAAAAAGGUCGGUUUCCCAGCCAAACAAUGUCGAAGUUUUGUCGUCAAAAAAGUUGACGAACUUCAGAUUUUCAAAAAGAAAGGCAAUCAUCAUGAAGGCCGAACUUUACAAAGGCAGAGAAUGAAAGUUAGGACGUUAGUUUUUGUGAAGUUAGGCCAUUACCAUGGAGGUCGAGUUCAACAAAUGCAAAACAAGGCCGAAUUUUUCAAAAAAUGUGCUGACCUAACUUUCGUAGCUGCCUUCUUGAAAUUAUUUCGAAUUGAUUCUUUGUUUUUCAAUCUUUAUUUCUUUCAGAUUGGUAAACUAAUGUAUUCAAACAAAUUACAGACAAUCCGUCGUUCUCUGUUCUGGAAAUGGAACGCUGAUGUCCGCCUUGUCAGCAGAAGCGCGUAUGAAAGUGGAAUAUCGCAAAGACAAGGUUUUUAUUUUUUUGAUGGUUUUUUUAUAAUAGAAAAUUGGUAGUAGAUAAGUUCUUCGAGGUUUUUAUUCUCAGUUCUGUUUGCAGGAGUUGUCGAGUUCUGAUAUAGGCGAUAUGGCCUGCUGAGGUAAUUGAGUUGCUUAGAGAAUCAGCACAGAUCCCAUGCUUGAAACCUUGAUUCCCCGCUGAAAAAAAUAUUUUUUUAGAUUAUUUUUUUGAAAUAAUUCAAUCAGUGAGGAGUUUGUCAUACUGAAACAUGAAAAAUUUUUCUAAAUCGUUUUUAUUCCACUAGUUUUUGAAAGGUUUAAAGUUUAUUCCCGUCUUGAAACUUUCCACUUUUUCAAUGAAGCCUUAAAUAUCCUUCCCUUUGGAUUUAAAUUCAAAAACUCAAUUUUUAAGCUUUAAAAAAAUAAAAAAUUUUGAAAGUAGUAUCUUUCGGAGUAUGUAGCCAUAAAAAGAAAUUUUUAAGACCGAUUCAUAAAACUUUCAGUAUGAUGAACUCCUUUGCUGAGAGCUUUUGCAUGGUUUUCCAUCCUGCACGAUUUUUUUUUUUGAAGUUUUUCGCUUUUUUGGGAUUGAGGGAAGAUUGAGGAUUUAUUUUUGAAGUUUGAGUUAUUCCAUUGAAGUGAAAUGAAAUGAAAAGCCUUCGUGAGGUCGAUUUCAAGUCGUGAAGACCGAGUUUGCUCAAAAAUCUGUGCUGUUCGAAUGCAACAAUUUGGCUCCACGAUUCGAAUGCGGCUUCUGAAUGAAAAUUCGUGCUGAUUGUUUGGAUGUAACACGUUUGCGGAGAAAAAAAUGGUUCUAAUACUUUUUUUAUGUUUUAGUUUUUAGAUUUUUAUUUUGGAAAAAAAUUCAGAGUUUACAACCCUCUAGAAAAUUUUUGUCUCAAUGGAAAUUUCGAAUCGGAGGCGAUUUCCGUGAUUAUAAAGAAAAUAAAUGGGUUCAAAAAACUGUGGAAAAGUUAUUAAUGAGACUUAGAACGGUGAGAUUUAAGAAUGACAAGUUCUGAAACAUUUCUCACAAACGUGUUACACUCCAAUGUCUUUUCCAUAGUUCAUUCGGCGCUAGCUUUUCGAAUCAUACAAACCUGCCAAAAAAAACACUUGCUUAAGUGUUCAGAAGCGCGAACUUACCUACCCCGAUAAAAAACUUCCCGUUCUUUUCACAGUUUAUCAAAGGGUUUCGUGAUAAUCAUCAGGCUAUCUAAUUUGUAGAGCGCACCUGUAGAAUAUCAAAAGCUAGCGAUGAAUGAACAAUGUUUUUUGGAUAGUGAAUUCAACAACAAUAAUUAUUACAGGCGGUUCAAUGCGAUCCGGCGUCAGAAGAUGAUUUUGACGUGCCUUUCGAUCCUUUUUUGGCGGAUCUUUCUGAGCUCGUCGAAGCUGUCGGGUCACCAGCUGUUUUACGGGAAACAGGUGAGUAAUUAAUCAAGAUUUCUCUGUCUUGAGGCUACCAAUCUGGAGUAGAAAAUGCUUCAUUUAUUUUCUUUUCGAAGUGAUAUUAAUAAUCAGAGAGCUCGAAAUUGAAAUCAAUAAGCGUUUUUCAACAGAUUACAACUGGAAAAAUUCUUAAUAAGGAACAUUUUUGGAUUUUUAACUUUUUCUCAUCUUUUUCAUUCUCAUUUUUUUAGCAAGAAGUGAAAAGCUAUGAUCUGGUUGAACUAGGAAAUGUUCUUCUCAUUAAAACACCUGAUUAUUUGCCUUGAAGCAGCUGAAAAAGAAAGCUACGUCAUAUCCUUCUUCAGUUUAUACAAGAUUUCAGAAAAGUUAAAAAAUGAUAGGGCAUUUUUAUUUCCAAAUUAUAAAUGACAUUUUUUUUCCAGAAACCACACGGGAAUGCUCUACGCAGUGUGGGGUACACAUCAACAACGAAAUAUACGUCAAACGGAAAAGUUCCCUGCUUCGAGCUGCUUUGAAAGAAAAUACGAUUUUGUGCCAAGCCGUCGCUUCACACGUUAAUUAG